AUGGGGAUGAUGGCCCAGCCACAACUCACAAUGACUGGUGCCCAGCCCACACCAGAGCCUGUAGCCACAUCCACCAGGACAGAGCCCCUGUUUCCAGCAGCAACCACAACCGAGGACCCGGCUGUUCCUCCCAUGUCAGAGCCCAUUCCACCUACACUAACACCUGCUCUUGCACAAAAGGAGCUGGAGCCAACGGUGAAAGUCUCUGAGGCUGAAGCUCCCAAUGCGGUCGCAAAGGCUGAGGCUCCAAAGACAGAAGUUCUCAAGGUGAAGAUCGCCAAGACAGAGGCACCAAAAAUGGAGUCUUCUGUGGCAGAAGUUCCUACAAAUGAGCUGCCUAAACCAGUGCCACCUAAAUCUGAACCACCCAAGACUCCAGUGGUAGCUGCUCCUGUUGUCUCUGUCCCAAUGACUGAGGCCAUGACUGCUCCUGCUCCUCUACCCACCACAGUCGCUACUGCCAUUGCUGUCACUCCAGCCACUGUGAAGGCUAAGGCUCAACCAGCAGAGCUACGUAAACCAGCAGAGGAGAAGGUUGAGAAGCCAUCAGAGAAGGUUGAGAAGCCACUGAAGCAACAGAAACCAGUACCUGUCACAGUGCCUGAGAGGGUAACUCCACAACCAGUCCCAACAGCUGAUACUAUCAAGAAAGAGGCCGCUCCAUUGGUUGAAAAGGUGGAUGAUGUCCUUCCUGAACCUCAGCAGAUUCUCACUGAGAAGGAGACUGUGGAGGAGGAGAAAGAGUCAACUGCAGACUCCCUCCUAGCAGACCAGGUAGUAGUUGAGGUACCGUCCAGCCCAGCCAGUCCAUUUGAGGCUGACACCAAGACUGAGGACCAUAGUAUCAAGUCCCAGGAUGGACCAGAUAUACUUCCUAUCUCACAGGGCUCCUACAGCUCAGAGGAAGAGCUGAAGGAGUUGCAGACAGACAGAAAUGUCCCUAUGAUUGACACGACCGCUGACACAGCCAUGCCUUCCAAGGAAGAGGUGAAUGUGGAGAAGAGGCGUCUGAAUUAUGUACAGAUGGAGGAGAGCAGUGGGAACGAACCCUCUCCCUCGCCCCAGGUCCAGAGACGGAGGUUAAGUGCGAUAGCAGUCAGCACGGCAGCCUCAUCCAGUAGCGAGGACUACAAAGCAGACAGCCCAGACUCAUCUGUGGAUGAGGAGGAGUUCAUCCGCAGGCAGAUCAUGGGGAUGACAGGAGAGGAGGAGAUGUUUCUCUCAGAGGAGGAAAAAGAUGAGAAAGAGAGCAGAGAGGAGGAGACCAAGGCGGCUGAGGUGGAUAACGAAUCAGGCAAAUCCAAACUUCUGCUAAAGAAAGGCAUUAUGGAUAAUGAAGACAGCCCAGCCAGGAGACCAUCUCUUCCAGGAUCUGAGGCUAAAACCACUGCAGAUAGGUCUGAGCUCACCACCACUGUGUUUAAGAAAGACAUGACGUUACAGAGAACAAAGAGCACAGAUGAUGGAGCUGCUGAGGUGGAGAGCAUCACAGAGUCUCUGGAGGACAAAUCCAAAGGUGAGGGGUCAUCCAGUGUCCAGGUGUCCAGCUUCACCCCUGGAACCUCCCCCACCUCAGCCUCUUCUCUGGAGGAGGACAGCGACAGCAGCCCCAGCCACAAGAGGAGUGGGGAGGGGAAACAGCACCGCAAGGCCAAGCACAGGCAGGCAGGCCAGUCCCUUCCCACCAUCGAGGACUCGUCAGAAGAGGAGGAACUCAGGGAGGAAGAAGAUCACCCCAGGGAGCAGGAGAAACAGGAGUCGGACCAGCAGCAGGGGAAGAGGAGCUCCAAGAAGUCCAAGAGGGAUAAAGACGAACUACAGACUCAGAGGAAAUGGGAUAAGCCUGUAACCUCGCCCAGUAACCUGUCUCCUAUUGAAAACGCCUCGCCCACUGUGGAGAUGAGGCAGGCUAGAGAGAUGGAAGUGUUUCACAAGUCCUCAGGCUCUGACUAUUCUCCUAGCAUGGAGUCUGAUUCAGAGGCGUUUCACACAGAGGCCAAGAUAGCUGUCCCAAAAGGACAGAAGUUCAGUACUGCAGAGAAAAUGAAGAAUGCAGAGGAUGUAUAUGAGGAGAUGCUUCAGAAAGCUAGAUCUCCUAAAGGAGAGACAGAGCCAGUCCCUGAGAUAGAGCCACUCUACGGAGGCAUGGCCAUAGAGGACUACCUCUAUGAGUCCCUAGUGGAGGAGCCUGAAGCUAAACCUAGUUCAGCCCUACCGGAGCAGCCCAGUAAAGACCAUGCUAAAGAGCCAGGGAAGAAAAGUUUAAGAUCUCCUGAAGAGGUGUAUGAGGAGAUGAUGCUGAAGAAGAAUGAACUGAUGUUGAUAGAGCAGGAGUUUCAGAGGGCUCAGUCAGCGAUGGACACUCCAACUCCAGAAAUACAUGUGACUGCACCAUCCAGUGCUGCAGCUGAGAGCUGCAAAGUUGGUGAGGCAGAGGGAGAAAAGCCUAUGUUAGAUGCGGAUUCUACCUACGUUAAGAGGAAGAAACGUCCUGCUCCACCACGACCCUCUGAACCUCCUAAACGGCCCGAGGUCUACGUUGCCAAGCCAACAGUUCCUCAGGAUAUGACUAUGAGGAGGGCUCUUUUCCCCAUACCGGAUUUGAAGAUCACCCAGUGUUCCUCUGGAGAGGAUGAGACGGAUGAUAGUAUAAUAGAGGAGUAUGGAGUGGGAGUGUCCUCUGAUAUUACCCCUAGCGAUGAGUCUGAGACUAAAGAACAGGUAGAGUCCCCUCCAAUUUCAGAACAUACACCAAUAACAGAGGCAGCUGAGAUUGAACCCAUCAUUUUAGUGUGUGAGAUUCCCCAGGCGAAAGCUACUCCAGCUCCUGCCCCUGAGACAGUUCUAGCCACCAGUACAACCACCACAACAUCACCAAUCUCUCCAGUAUCACCUCCCACCUCACCAGCAACUCCAGACUCAAGUCUAGCCUCCAAUGCUACUUCCUCCUCCUCUUUCCAAGCUCCAAGUCCUCUCUCCUCUGACUCUACUCCAGUGUCCACUCCAACACCAGACCUGGCCAAAGCUGCAGCUCCCUUCGCAGCUCAGCUGCCUGCUGAUAUCUCCCCUCCUUCUAUUGCUCCCAUUAUGGCUGUUUCUCCAACAACAGUUUUGGUCACAAUUCCAGAUGUGGUGACAGAUCCAACCCAAGCACCAACACCAGCUACAACUACAGUUCAUGCUUCUGCUCCACUAGCCCAACCCCAAGCCUCAGUCCCUGCCUCAGUGGUGGUGCACAUACCUGAUCCGGUUGUAAUCCAAAUGCCAGACCUGGUUACAUCUCCAUCCCAGAUGUCUGUUCAGGGUCCACCUUCUGUACAGGUCACAGCACCAACUCCAGUACCAAGCCCAGUACCUUCUGAAGCCACAUCUCCGGUCCCAGCUGCUCCCAGUGCAAUGUCAACUCCGGCUACAGUCUCUGCUCCAACUCCAGCCCCAGCUCCAGUUGUAGUCCAAAUGCCAGACCUGGUUACCAUCACCUCUUCAGUUUCACCCCAAGCCCCACUACCUGUGAAAUCCUCGGCUCCUGCCCAGGCUACAGUGGUGCAUUCAAUCCCUGUCCAGACUGCUGCCCCACCUCCAAACCCAGUAGUAGUCCCAGCCAUAGGGACACGCCGAAUUCAGAGACAAGCCUCCACCAAAAAAGCCCCACCUCCUCCUCCACCUAGGUCUACAUCUGUCUCCCUGCCCCAGACCUCAGCAGAGCCUACCUCUAUCAGGGCCAUCCAUAAUGUCUCCCCGACCGUGACUACCACUAUAGCCAUGGGAGCAGCUCUGCCUGUGGUGGUGAAUGUGCAGUCGCUAGUGGAGGAUGUCCGGCCAGAAGGUAUUGCUGGCUCUCAGGUUAUGAUGACCCCAACCAGACAGGGGCAUGUGGUCAUCAUAGUUCCCAAUGUGGAGAACAUGUUAGUGCUCAGCAAGACAACCCAAGACCUUGUGGCAAACUCAGUGGCAAUAACUACCACCUCUGAUGUGGUUGAUGGCAGUAGUCAGAUAGCAGCAAGGCCUGUGAUUGUCAGUGUUGCUCCUUUCUAUACUGCUCCCUCUGUUCCUGCUGUACACAGCUCAGACACAUAUAUACCUUUGGCAGAUACCCCAACACCUCCUUUGCCCCCUCCACCACCCCCUGCCACCUUACUAAAGCCAGCUGUUAAUCCCAAAAAGCCUUCCAUUUCCAUCCCACCUUCAGUCCCAACAUCAGUGCCAGUCUCAGCUGCUUUGACAAUGGCACAGGCAACUGUAACACCCCCAGACCCCAGUCCAGUACACAAGGCCCCUGCACCCCCUCCAGUCCCCCCCAAGCCUGUGUCCAUCCCUGCAGGGCUGGUGUUCAGCCACCGACCAGGGGAGAGUGUCAAACCUCCAGUGUAUCCCACUGCCAGCCACACACUUCCCACGACCAGAGAACUGCUUCCGAAAGUCAGCUCAGCAGAGCCAUUCACAGCCACAACACUGCCCAGGACCAGAGAACCUCCCAAUGCCCUGUCUCUGAGUCUGACCACCCCAGUGGAAUCCAAGAUGAGUGCUACCUCACCCAGGUCCCCUCUUUCUCCAAGGAACGCCAAGUGUCUGGAGACAUAUGUUGUGAUAACUCUGCCCUCAGAGCCUGGCACACCCACAGAGGGAAUCACUGUCCAAGCCCCCAUCAGAAGAGGGUCCAUCCUCCCCUCUAAGCAGACAGGCCCGGGGGUUAGGACCACACCGUCAGAACAGCAGUCACCCAUUGAGGCCUUCUCAGCCCAGGACAAUGUCAGGAGAGCAUCAGUUCCCUCAUUGAGGCAGCCACCACCACCACCAGCAGCAAUAGGACCAGUCGAAGUAGCAGCACCCCUAGAGGGAGUCACUGUUCUAGCAACAGCAAGACAGCCUUCCAUACCAUCAGCUAUGCAGCCUCCAUACGGUAUGGCUGAGGUGGUGACAGUUUCAGCUGGGUCUGAGAUGCCUAUUCAGGUACACAAUGUCCCAGCUCCAAUCAAGAAACCGUAUAAACCUCCAACAGCCAAGCCACCGCAGACAGUGUCUGUGGUUAUGAUGAUGCCAUCAGAGCCACGGGUUCCUGUAGAAGUGUCUGCAACUCAAGCCUCUGGUAGAAGGGCAUCAAUACCUGCUGUACCUCAGCAGCCACAAUAUGUGGCUGAAGUAAUGGCUUUACCAGCAGAGCUGGACAUACCUACAGAGGUAAUUUCAAUUGAGGCCAUGUCUGGAAGAGCAACAAUACCAUCAGAAAUGCAGCAACCACAAACCAUGGCAGAGGUAAUGCCAUUACAGCAGGAAAUACCAACGGGUGCUAUGGCCACCCAAAUCCAUGUAGAAGCUACACCCUCAACCAUGCAUCAGUCACCAUCACUGAUAGAGGUGGUUUCAACUGAGGCUAUCUUUAGAAGAGCAUCAAUACCAUUGGAAAUGCUGCAACCACAAACCAUGGCAGAGGUAAUGCCAUUACAGCAGGACACACCAUCAAUACGAUCAUCUGCACCACAACCACAAGGAAUGGCUGAAGGAAUUACUUUUCCUUCAGAGUAUGAAAUGCCUACGGAGGUUAUAACAACUGAGGCCACUACCACUAGAAGGACAUCCACAUCCUCUGUAGCACAACAACCAUACACAUUUGCUGAAGUAAUGACUUACCCAUCAGAGUAUGAAACACCCACCCAAGUGGUUACAACUGAGGCUAUUUCCACUACAAAAAGAGCGUCUAUAACCAUGCAGCAGCUUCUAACUGUGGCCCAGGUUAUCACAAUGCCUGCAGAGGCAGAGGUACCUCUAGAGGCAUAUGCUGCCCAAGUUCAAUACAGUAGAGAAUCCAUCCCAUCAGCAGUGCAAACACCACAGGCAGUAUCAGAGGUCCUGAGUUACUCAUCAGAGUAUGAGACCCCCCUGGAGGUCAUUACAACUGAAGCCUACACCAGGAGAAUGUCAGUUCCCUCUGGCCAGGAGGUUCCCCAGACUGUCCCCGUGGCUCCAGUCACCAUCACCAGGAAGUUUCACCAGGAGUCGAUAGAGAGCCAGGAAAUCCGUGGGCCUGAGAAGGUGGUGUCCAGCCUGAGCCACGUGUACUCUUCCUCUAUCUCCACCUCAGCCCAGCCCCCAGAGAGACUGCCCAGCUUGGUCACUCAGGUGGUCACCACCGAGGUUCAGAGAACCACUGUGUCUGUGGUUCAUGAGAGGCUGCCCCAGGCUCUUGCGUCAGACGCAUUGGCCAUCCUUAUCCAGCCAGACCUGGCUAAAGUCCAGCCCUCUCCCAAACAGAAUGGGAAGAUCUACUCCGGUGAUGCCAUUGACCUCCGCACCAUUAAGGUCGGUGUAAAGAUGACCGAUUCAGGGAUGGACUUGACGCCUCAGGAAUCGAGUCGCCAGUCUGUCUGUAGCAACUCUAGUGGCCGACAUACGGCAGUGCAGCCAGAGAUAGUGAACUUGAGUGCUGAGAUCACCCCUUCCACCACGUUGGCUGUUGUCACUGAUAGCAUCACUAUUGUCACCUGUUCAGCCACCAUUGCCUCCUACACCAGCGAGCCAGAAGAAAAGCCUUUAGAUCUGCAGGGUUAUGUUGCCUCCAUGCCUCUCCCUCUUACCACAUACAAACCAUUCGAGCCUCUGGCACAGAUAGUGUAUAGGCGUGUAGACUGUCCACCUAUCGUCAGCACGGUGAUAGCCAGAGACACAGAGACACCAAUUAACCUGUCCUAUGGAGCCUCCACAGUAGAUAGCAGGCUUCCAGUGACCAUGCUCUCAGAGCUGGCUGGGGCCGUGGACCUGUCCACCUCCAGACCCCUUAGGGCCAUGGUGGCUCUGUCCGGCAUCAGCCCAGGUGUGGUGACCACGGUUGUAGAGGAUGAUGGGACGCCCAUAGAUCUGACAGCUGGGAAAAAUGUGUGCUGUGACGUCAUCUACAAGCUACCCUUCACAGGGAGCUGUAGGACCCAGCCACCAGUUAUUACCCAGCCUGACAACCACUUCGGCUACAGAGACGACCACUACCAGUAUGAUCAUGCUGGGGUCUAUGGAAUCAAGGUCUUGAACGGCAAGGCCUUGUCUGAGACCAAUCUGGCUGAUGCAGGACUCUUCCUCUAUAAUGGAAAGACCGAAUAUGACUAUAAAGUCUUGGACAGUGCGGUAGACCUGACAGCUGGUAAUAUAUCCGCAGGUGAAGCUCUAGACUACACUAGUAAAGCUGCUGGGGCCUACACUGGGAUAUCCACUGCUCCAUAUUCCCAGGUCCCUGCUUAUAGUGUCCUUAGAUCCUCAGACGGAAUGGUAUACUCCUCCAUAGCAGCCCCUGUUCCUUCUACAUAUGCCAUUACCACCCAGCCAGGGUCCAUCUUCAGCACCACCCUACCCCCUACCACCACCCUCCAGGAGCAGCCAGCCCAAGCUCCAUACCCCUAUGGCUUCAUCCCCACCACCGACCCUGGCAACCAGAUCAUCAGCCUGGGAACUGGCCUGCCCAAGGACCUGCUGCCCAGCGCUCUGGCUGACAUCAUGACUGGCUUCCCUGCCCUGUACUCUGACCAGACCCUGGAGGCCAUCGCAGCCUCUCUGGAGGCCCUGGCCUCGUUGCCCAUGUUCCCCGGCCUGGAUGACAGCAAGAUCACCCAGUACCAGAUGGAGAGGGAGUUCCUGCAGCUGGAGAAGCUGAAGCAGCUGUGUCUGGCAGAGGAGCUGGAGUGGGAGAGGCAGGAGAUCCAACGCUACCGCGAGCAGGAGCAGAUCAUGGUGCAGAGGGAGCUGGAGGAGCUGCAGGCUCUGAAACAGAAGUUGUUAGUUCAACAGGAAGAGGAGCACCAGGCACACCUUGUAGCACAGCAGGAGACCUACAACCAGCAGAGGGAACAGCUAGAGCAGAUCCAACAGCUCCAGGUGCAGCUACAGCACCAGCUAGAGGAGCACUACGGUACCACAGGAACCUCAGAUAACCUGCUAGAGGCACAGUAUGCUGGGGUGGGGGAUAACGGUCAGUACUGGCCUGUUAGGGAUGAGUCCACCACCUCAUCCACUGUCAUCCAGCUAGAAGGUGGGGUGCAGUAUGUGACCGGUGAGGGUCAGAGAGAGGUUGGAGGUCAGGACCAGCUGCAAUUCAGUAGGAAACAGUCGUCAGGGUCUAAGCAGCCUGGUGACCAGGGGUAUGGUACAGGGGUGGUAGGGAAGAGGAUAGUGGACAGUGGGGUCCAGACAGACGAUGAGGACUCGGUAGACAGAACGUAUGUGGGGAGGAGGAAGAGGAACAACAGGGGGAGGGGUGUAGACAGCAGUGUUCAGACUGAUGAUGAGGAGGACCAAGAGGAUGAGUGGGACAUGCCAACCAGGUCGCGGCGGCGCUCCCGCUCCAGCAAGCACAGCGGCGAGGGAAAACACAGUGGCUCUAAGGUCUCCAGCAUUGCCAUCCAGACUGUGGCAGAGAUCUCUGUCCAGACCGACCACUCUGGCAGCAUCAAAUGCCCCAGCAUCCAGAUGGACACUAAGGUGGAGAUCGUCAAACACAUCUCAGCCCCAGAGAACUCUCAGAGAGGAGGUAGCCUCAGCUGCCAGACAGACACAGACCGCAGGCGCCACUUGCCCGUAGAGGUGGGCUACAGCGCCUACCUGAAGGCAGACCUCGCCCCCAAGUCCCCCAAAGUGCUUUACUCUCCCGUGUCCCCCCUCUCCCCGAGUAAGGCCAUGGAGGAAGGGCAGAAGAGGCUGACCACUGACCCGUCCAGGUUUUCCAACGGCCCUAGGAUGCUGAAGCCUGGACCGAAGUCUCUGCCUGACCCCAAGUCUCUCAGCCCCACCACCGAGGACAGGAUAGGCUACCACUACACAGAAACCUACUCUGGCUCUCCAUCAGGCACUGGAAAGAAGGUGAAGAGGACCCUACCCAACCCUCCCCCGGAGGAUGACCCUCUGACUGGCCCAUCAGGCUACAGCGCCAACUCAGCGCGCCGACGUCUCGGCCGUCACACCACCAUGGCCCGGGCCAAGAUCUUACAGGACAUCGACAAGGAGCUGGACCUGGUGGAGAGAGAGUCAUCCAAGCUCCGCAGAAAACAGGCCGAGCUAGACGAGGAGGAGAAAGAGAUUGAUGCCAAGCUGAGGUACCUGGAGAUGGGCAUCAACCGUCGUAAGGAUGCGCUGCUGCAGGAGAGGGAGAAGAGGGAGAGGGCCUACCUGCAGGGUGUGGCUGAGGAGAGAGACUACAUGUCGGACAGUGAGGUCAGCAACAUCAGGGAGACCAGAGGGAACAGCCACGGCCUGGAGAGACCCAGGACAGCUCCACAGUCAGAGUUCGAUCAGUUCAUUCCCCCUGAAACUGAGGCUGACUCCCAGUACUCCACUCUUACCAGUCCCUACUCCCACUACACCCAGUAUGUCCCCCAGACCCAGACCAUCAGCCACUACCCCCAGCAGACCCUGUACCAGCAGCAGGCCCUCUACCAGCAGCACCCCUACCAAAGUCAGUCAGUCUACUCCUCUGUGCCAAGCCUGUCCUACCCCCAGGCCUCCCACUCCCACCAGCAGGCCCAGCCCUCAGGCUACCAGUCCAAGAACACCACCAACUACGAGGUGAUCCGGAACCAGCCCAUGAUCAUCGUACCCUCCUCCAGCGAGGGGGGGUAUGGGGUGGGGAAGUACGGCAGCCUGGAACUGAGGAUGGGCCUGGAGGAGAGGAGCAUGGCCUCCAGCCCCAUGUCUAGUAUAUCUGCUGAGUCUUUCUACGCUGACAUCGACCACCACAAUGCCAGGAACUAUGUUCUGAUAGAGGACAUAGAGCAGCUGACUAAAGGCUCUACAGCGCUGGGCUCUGCAGGGCUGGGGUCAGGGUUCAGUCUGCCAGAUAAGGACCUGUCUAAGGCUGACAGGCUGCUCCGGGCCGCUGAGGCCAGGCGCACUGCAGAGGUUGCGGAGUUCCUUGGUAACUCACGUCUGCACAGCUACGGUAAAGGAGAGGAGGACUCUAUGGAGGAGCCUUAUGAGCUGAAGCUCCUGAAGCAACAGAUAAAGCAGGAGUUUAGACGAGGGACGGAGGGUCUGGAGCACCUCUCAGGCCUGGGCAUGCCCCAGUACCUCCCCACUGACCCCAGCUACAGACACUUCCCUAAGGCUGACAAGUACAGCAUCAGCCGGCUGACCUUGGAGAAACAAGCUGCCAAGCAGCUCCCUGCCGCCGUGCUCUACCAGAAACAGAUCAAGAACCAGAAGAAGGCAACCCUGAUGGACCCCAAGAUAACCAAGUUCUCCUCCAUCCAGGAGAGCAGAGACCUGGAGCCAGACUACAGCAGCUUCCUGUGCUCUGGAGCCUCGUCUGUCACCAACCUGUCCACGCGAGCCAGACUGCUCCAGGAUGAGAUCACCUUUGGCCUGAGGAAGAACCUGUCUGAGCAGCAGAAGUACCUGGACUCCUCCCUGGGAUCUAACCUGGCUGGCUCUCUGGGCCAGAACCUGGGCCAGUCCCUUGGCCUGGGGGGACCCACCAUGAGGACUACCCUACAGGACGACACCACCUACCCCAGCGGCACGCGCUCUCGCCCCUCCUCCCGACCCAACUCCCGCCCCAACUCCCGUCCCACUUCCGUCUAUGGCCUGGAUCUGUCCAUCAAACGGGACCUUUCCAGCUCCUCUCUCAGGCUGAAGAUUGAGGGAGAAGCAUUAGAUGCAGCGUUCGGCACGGGGGUGGCCAGGACCAAGCCCACCAGCCUGCCUAUAAGCCAGAGCCGCGGGCGCAUCCCCAUCGUGGCUCAGAACUCAGAGGAGGAGAGCCCUCUGAGUCCUGUGGGAGAGCCCAUGGGCAUGGCCAGAGCCUCAGCCGGCCCUCUACCACCCAUCUCAGCUGACUCCAGAGACCAGUUUGGCUCUAGCCACUCCCUGCCGGAGGUCCAGCAGCACAUGAGGGAGGAGUCCAGGGCUACACUGGGACAUAGUGGGGUCUACGACAGAGACAUAGCCUUCAUCAUGGACGACCUGGGAGGAGCCAUGUCUGACAGCGAAGCCCUAACUGACUCCAUGCUGACUCUGAACAGAGAUGAUCCCAGAAUCUUUCAUGAGAGUAUCAGACACGCCGGAGGCCCCAACUGGAACAUAGAAGCGUACCACCUGAGGAGGGAGGACACUGACUGGUUUGAUAAGCCUGCAGAGAGACAACAUCAGGAAAAUGGACAGCCUCUGGACAGGAGACAGAUUAAGCUGAUUCCCUAUGUGUUCCCUCACACCCGGCUCAAACUACAGAGGGACCCCAAGGACACCAGUGUCUCAGGGAAUGGCCUGGGGAUUCGUGUGGUGGGAGGAAAGGAGAUUCCUGGUUGUCAUGGUGAGAUAGGAGCCUACAUCGCUAAGGUUACACCCGGAGGAGUGGCCGAACAGACAGGGAAAGUGGUGGAAGGAAUGCAGGUGUUGGAGUUGAACGGGGUUCCUCUGAUGGGGAAGACUUACGAGGAGGUGCAGUGCAUUAUGGGUCAGCCGUCUGCAGAGACUGAGCUCUGUGUGAGACUUGACCUGAACAUGCUGUCUGACCCUGAGCAUCCCCAGGCCCUGGAGAACCAUGACCAGCUGAAGCCUGGUGACAGGCAGUGUUCUCCAGGAGUGGACCCUAAGCAGCUGGCUGCAGAGCUGCAGAAGUUUUCCCAACAGCAGGCCCCUGGGAUGGGGGUAGGAAUGGGGGUGGGGGGGCCAGGAGGUGUAGGGGUCCUCUCUGCCCUUGACCGCUCAGCUCUGUUACACUCAGGCAAUGCAUCGGCUAGCUCUAGUGCCGUCCCCAGCCCCGGUCAGCCUGCCUCCCCAGCCAUCAACAAGAAACAACGCCACAGCGCCAAGUCGGCAGCGGAUGUGCAGGUGCUAAAGUCUCAGCCUCACCCUAUAACAGGAGAAAUACAGCUCCAGAUCAACUAUGACAGGAAUCUGGGGAACCUGAUAGUGCAUGUGCUCCAGGCCAGGAACCUGGCUCAGAGAGACCCCAACAGAUACUCUGACCCCUUUGUCAAGGUUUACCUCCUACCAGGGAGAGGACAAGUCAUGGUAGUCCAGAACGCAAGUGGUGAGAACAAGAGGAGGACCAAGUACGUUCAGAGGAGUCUGAACCCAGAGUGGAACCAGACCGUCAUCUACAAGAACAUACACCUGGAACAGCUGAAGAAGAAGACUCUGGAGGUGACAGUGUGGGAUUAUGACAAAUCUUCCUCCAAUGACUUCCUGGGAGAAGUGUUGAUAGAUCUGUCUAACACAACUCAGCUGGACAACACUCCUCGCUGGCUGCCUCUGAAGGAGCAGAGUGAGAGCAUUGAGCAUAGCAGAUCACAUCACACCGCCCAGGGGCCUGGGGGGCCAGGAGCAGGGGCAGGGCCGGGACAGGGGCCCAUAGCGGGGCAAGGACCAGGCAAGGACAUGGGGCCAGGAUUAGGACAAGGACAAGGCCUAAUGCAUGGACAGGGACAGGGGCAGGGGCAGAUGGAGGAGUGCCUUGAGUCCCCCAAGAAUUCUGUGAUAAAGAGCAGAAGCCACGGGAUCUUCCCUGACCCAGCAAAAGACAUGCAGAUGGUGACUCUAGAGAAAUCCCACAGUAGUCCCGGCAGCUCUAAGUCAUCGUCAGACGGCCAGCUUCGUUCCCACGGUCCGUCCCGCAGCCAGAGCAAGAGCAGUGUCACGCAGGCCCACCUGGAGGAUGCUGGGAUAGCUAUAGCUGCCGCAGAGGCCGCUGUGCAACAAGCCCGCCUCCAACCGAGACCAGGCCACAGGUUGGGGGAUGUGUCUGGGCCGGUGGUGUCCUCAGCCCCCAAUCUGCUGGAGGGGUAUGGGGGUCUGGAUGGAGAAGAGGGGGCUGGAACAGGGGUCGACAGCGCCAUUUUCCAGGUCCCACACAUAGGGAAGACCAUCCCCAACGGCAUUGACAAGUCUAGAGGACUGCCACUCUCGCUAUCAGACAAUGAGGGGGGUGGGGGUAAGACCCAGAUGAUGGGGGAGAUCAAGGUGGCCUUGAAGAAGGAGGUGAAACAAGAGGGAGACCAGCUGGUCCUGGAGGUUCUACAGUGUAGAAACAUCACUUACAAGUUCAAGAGCCCAGACCACCUACCAGAUCUCUAUGUGAAGCUGUACGUUGUUAAUGUGGCGACUCAGAAGAGGAUCAUCAAGAAGAAGACAAGAGUGUGUCGACAUGACAGAGAACCCUCCUUCAACGAGACCUUUAGGUUCAGCCUCAACCCCACCGGACACUCCCUGCAGUUGUUCCUGGUGUCUAACGGGGGUAAGUUUAUGAAGAAGACCCUGAUAGGAGAGGCCUACAUAUGGCUGGACAAGGUGGACAUGAGGAAGAGGGUGGUCAGCUGGCACAAACUGCUGGUCAAUUCCACACACAACCAGUCCUGAGAGUUCAACUUGAAGUCACAGAGAGGUCAACCAGAUGUCAGUGAAGGUCAAUGAAUAGUAUUGGUCAGUGGUUGCUCGUAGAGGAGGACGAAAAAGAGGAAAAGGGAUAUGAGUUGCGUUACAGAGUGCCCUUCAUCUCCUUUGUGUUAUUGUAUGAAUGAAUGAAUGUGAAUGAAGGAAGGAAGGAAGGAAGGAAGGAAGGAAGGAAGGAAGGAAGGAAGGAAGGAAGGAAGGAAGGAAGGAAGGAAGGAAGGAAGGAAGGAAGGAAGGAAGGAAGGAAGAGGGCCUAUCCCCUCACCCUGCCAUACAUGGACUGUACCCUGAUUCUUUAUUGGAUAGUAACAGCCAGAGACUCAAUCCUGAUUUCUGAUUGGACCAAAUAUUCAGAGACUGUACCCCGGAUUGGAUAGAGGCUGCCAGCACACACACACACACACACACACACACACACACACACACACACACACACACACACACACACACACAGAGAGAGAGAGAGAGAGAGAGAGAGAGAGAGAGAGAGAGAGAGAGAGAGAGAAAUGAAGAAGUCCCCUUAUCUGCUGUAAGAGGAUACACACAUCUCACUAUCUCCCAGCUCUCUGCUGGACAUGUCGGAUGCAAAACCUGACGUCAAUCAGGACUGUGCAGCAAUACCACAGAGUAAUUACCAUGCCAGAACUACUCCUUUCUGUUUUGUCUGGAUCUGAUGCUGUUGUCUAUGGUUUAUCAUAGCCUCCACUUUAAGAUCUUUGUGAUCUGUGAAUCUGUCUGUCAUUCAGUCAGUCGGUGGGGUGCAAAUCAAUGUAUUUGUUUUUUGUCCUGAGCUGCUUGACAAAGUAUGGAAUGUUUGUUGUAUGAUACUAUUCAUGUAAUGUAAAAAAAAACACAAAAAAAACAAGGUGUAUGUACAUUGAAAAUCUAUGGUUGAUAUUGCAGUAACUGAAGCUGACAUUAUCUGAACACUUCCGUCCAGUAGGUGGCGGUAAUUCCCUAUUACAGUUAGUUGUCAACCGCCAUAAAACUCCAACUCGACCUUACCUGGACAAGUGUUAAUGUACAUUCAGAUGUAGAUAGAUAUAUGUCUGAAUAUUAAAUAUAUCAAAGACACACUGUACAGAGAAAUGUUAUUUAUGAACAUAGAGUUUAUAACUAUAAAACAUACAGAUAUUGCAGAUGAUGCGAGGGGUCUCCUCAUGUGCAGUUUAUUCUAAAUUCAAUUCAGUUUAAGACUAAAUGUAUUCUGUACAGAAGUUAUGUAUGGAAGGAGCACAGACAAUCCAAUCACUUUAGCUCUGACGUUAUGCAGUUAUACUGGGUGUUAUUCAUUGGAAAAAAUAGGAAAAUGCAGUUCAAAUGGUGAAUGUAGAACUCAUUUUACAACUGAGACAUUAGAGGAGAACUUCCACAUGCAUAUCCCUCCUCUUACAGGUGGGGAGAAGAUAACAGAUAGAAAGGGGAUGUCAGGUCCCUUCCCCUUUAAGCUAUCCCCUAUUAUGUCCUGAAUGUUACUGACUGGGGAAGAUCAUGUGAUUUUACUGGACUCAUCUGACUUGAUGUUUUUGUGUUGUCUUUCACACACGUCACUGGAGGCUUAAACAAUAGCUCUUGUUUGAGAGAGAAACCUGGAUUGCUGGCCACUUUGCCCGACCUGCAAUCGGACAGAGGGAUGUGUGGCAUCUCUCUGGUGAAGUGCUCUGCUCCCCAGACUGGGCCACUCACCUGUUCUAUGUCAAAGCAACAGGUAAACACACCUGUCCUCUCGGUGUGUGCCAUCACAGUCUGGUUCUGUAUGCUGUGUGUGCCAUCACAGUCUGGUUCUGUAUGCUGUGUGUGUGUGUGUCUUAAUGUCGUCACACAUGGCCUAUUUUCCUCUCAAAGAUUAGCGUAAAAAGAAAGUGUGAACUGUUCUUUUAAAAAUCAAUGUGUGGUUUGUUUAUUAACAUCCAACAUCAUGCUGUACACAGUACACUGUAAAUUGUACACUGUGCAGUCGGUGUCAGUGUAAGUGGGGGUAAUGCAACAACACAGUGAACCAGCCUGUGGCACUGUCUCUGCUCAAUGCUCUAAGUCAUUACCUAUGGCCCAGUCAUCACAUAUGGCCGGGACAUGCUGAUACACACUUAUAUACAGUAUAGGUCUAUGUUACUGUCAGUCAUCACGAUAGUAGCCUGGUUUACUUCUCGGUUCAGCUAUUACAUUCCAUUCCUUGUACUCUGUGUCUUUGGUAAAUGACAGGAGUGGCAGGGAGGGGAAUAUUAGCUAGAAUAUUAGCUAGCUAAAUAUUUGUACCUAGACUAUGAAUAUAUCAUAGUAAACAACAUCACCAGGUGACCCAACAGACCUACUACCCUCAACCCGACUGCUAGUGUCUAGGCAUAUCACUGAGGAACUAGGGGUGACAGAUGCAAUUUCCUAAUACAUAAAGUCCAUAUCAGAGGCUCGAAAUGCAGACACUGAGUCAAGAUGUCAGAAUGUUCAUGAGUCAAGAUGUCAGAAUGUUCAUAAAACAAAAAAUAAACAUGAUUUUAAAGAAAGGUAAAAAUGUUUUACAAAAAUUAAAUUGUCGUGCCAACCUUAUUUUGUAAGCAAACCCAUUGGUUCUGUUGAAGUAAUUCUAUGCAACAUAGACUUUGUGUUUGAAUGCAUUUUCUUAACAUGUAAUAUCAGUGAACAUUGCGUCUGAAAAUAUGUAUCUUAUGAAGAGAAUUUGGAUUUAUUUUGAUUUAUAUAUUAUUAAAGAAAAAUAGAAAUAAAUAUAGAUCCUUUUUUUACUACCUGUAUACAAUCAUAUACAUAAAGCUUGUGCACUUUAGUAUUACAUUGUUGACUGAUUUCCUUGUUCCGUGUAAAGUGUCAUAACAUGCAAGUUGAAGUGGCUGUUCCAGUUAAUGUCUUUAUGUUGAGAUGAUUUUGAGUUUGUGAUGUAUGAAGGAGUUCAUAUGACACUGUUUUUAAUUUACAUGGCAAAAGAAAAACUCAAAUUAAAUCUACAAUCACAGACAAUUUAAGGUACAUAUUGCUUCAUAUCUGAGGAGACACCAUCAAACUGUAUGGUUGAUAUAACCACCAACACAUGUAUGUAUAAAUCCAUGAUGUUCAGUCUGAGAUGCAUGAUGAGGUCAUUUUCAAAGCCCAACUCCAGGUUUGUCCCCUCCUUCAUGUUCUCCUCAGAUUACACUCAGCUAGAUUAUCAAUAUCCAUUGUCGCUCAGUCCGUUCCUAGUAACCAUGAAACCAAUCAAACGUGUGUAUCUGUGAGGGGUGUGAAUGUGGCGUACUCAUCUGAUCUAUGUAAAUAUAAAGUGUUUUUAUUUUCUACAGAGAUUGAUUGUUCGUAUUGUCUGAGGUUUGAGCAUGUGAGUGUAAAACAAAAAUACAAAACACUUAAAACCUGUCUGUCUGUCUGUCUCUAGUGGUGUGUGUGAGAAGGUGAUUAUGUGAUCUGACCGUGCGUUGUCAACCCAUGGGUGUCUGACUGUAAAACUAUGUCAAAGAUGCCCAGCCAACCAGAGGGGACAAAUCUACUUAAUUUCAGUUGUUUGAGACUUCCUGUUACCACACUGGAUGUUGCAUGUCUGUCAAUAUUUUGCUUCCAGAUAUGUUCAAAAAGAGGGAGAUAAUAUGUAUAGAUUUAUCGGAAGUUGUAUGCCGACUGUAUAAAGAUUAUGCUUGUAAAAUGGUCUUGUUUUUCACUCAGUGUAAAAUGGGGAAUCUAUCGUUCUGGUUUUGUGGUUGUACACAGGAUGUGUUAAGAUAUUAUUAUGCAAAUUGUGCUGUAAAAAAGGCUGUUUCCCUAAAAUCUAAAGAAAAAAUAUAAAAAGAGAUUUAUUCCACAACCUAAA